AUGCAAGCCAUUUUUGGCUUCCAGGAUGUUUCAGAGGUUAUAGAAGAUGGGCUACCUGAAUUGGGUGCAAGAGCCACUGAAGAGGAGAAAAGAAGUUACAAGAUGGAGGUGAAACUGGACAGCAAAGCCAUAUUUCUGCUGUAUCAAUGUGUCAGCCCAAAGAUCUUCAACAAGAUCUCAAAGGCUGAUACUGCAAAAGAGGUGUGGGACAUUCUGGUAAAGACAUAUGGUGAUGGAGACAAAAACAAGAAGAUAAAACUGCAGGAACUGAGGAGACAGUUUGAGAUUCUGAUCAUGGAUGAGGAUGAAACCGUGGCAGAAUACUUUGACAAAGUGCAGGAGUUGGUGAACAAAUUGAGGGCAUGCAAGGAUGCAAUUUCAGAUGUGUACAUUGUGGAUAAGAUUUUGAGAACCCUAACACCCAGAUUUGACCAUGUAGUGGUGGCUAUUGAAGAAGCUCGUAAUCUGGAGACCAUGGAGAUUAAGGAGUUGCUGCACUCAUUAGAAGCUCAUGAGUAUCGCAUCAAUGAGCGCAAGCAGUGUCAAGAACAGGCCCUACAGGCCAGAUCACAGUUUAAGGGCAAGAAGGGGUUCAAGAAAGGAGGAAAAGGCAGCAGAAAGUGUGCUAAAAACAAGCCCAAGAAGAGGGCCAAUCUGGCCCAAGAUGAGGAAUCAUAUUCGGAGGUAGUAAUGUUGAUGGCCAAAACCGAGGAUGAUUCAUCUGAGAAUAUUGUGUGGUACCUAGAUUCUUGGUGUUCCACCCACAUGACAGGGAGGAAGGAUUGGUUUGUGAGAAUACAAGGGGCUACACAAGGAAAGAUUCAGUUUGCUAAUGAUAGAAGUCUGAAUGCAGAGGGAUCUGGCAGGGUUGUUCUAAGGGAUGCAGAGGGAAAAGAAGUGAUAAUUGAAGAGGUAUUGUAUGUACCAAGACUGAAAACGAAUCUGAUAAGCUUGGGGAAGCUACUACAGAAGGGAUAUGUGAUGAAAAUUGAGAAUAACAAUAUCAGCAUUUUCAAUCAACAUAAGAGGAUUGUUGUGCAGGCUAAGCUGUCACAGAACAUGACUUUUAGAGUAGUAAUGAGUGCAGUAAAGCACUAA